CUUCUGCCAGCAAUGUCGUGCGCAGCUCCAAUGAGGGACGCGCGCGCUUUGGAUGAUCUCCGUUUACGUUGGCCUAUACCCUGCGCGAUACCGAAGAGGUCCCGUUGUGCCGGCUGUGCGUCAUCUAUGCCUGAUUAGACAAGUGUGACGUCGCCGAGCACCAUUCGAGCUAAGCACCCCACACAAGAAGGCAAAUUGAUAUUCAAAAAAAGACUGGAAACGAAAUGACCAAAACCCUCCAGCUCGAAAAGCGUUUUAAGACGCGGAUCAACAAGUGGCCUCCAGUGCGCAACUUCCAUUUGAGCGGGAUUUGAGCAUAAUCCGCGACGCAGAUGAUCGGCUUAUCGAUUGAAAUAUUUCUCAUCUGCCAAGAGAAUUACGGUCCAGACGAUCCCCGGAGACAUUAUUUGUCCGAUAGCGGCGGGAACCAGGAGCCUCUACCCGGCUCCAUGCGUCGCUGCGUCUCCAGGAGCUCGGCUGGCCACCACAUGGUAACUUUGCGCACCCAGCACGCUGAAAAAGAGGACACACAGAGAAGGGAUCUGAAUGAAUGGGACUGAGAUUUAUUCGUAUUUCUCUUUUCGCCUCCCGCAGACUGUUGUUUGUGUCGUAUAUCCAGCCGGUUGAAGGCGUCUCGCGUUAUCGGCAGAUAUCGAUCCAUCGGUGGAUGUCCGUCAACCCGAAUAGGGAGCCGCAAAUGUCGAAAAAACGGAAAAGUCCUGACGAGCAGGACUUCGAGGAACCUCCACCCGCAGGAUGCAGCGACGAUGGUAGCAGUCGCGGUCAAUGCUGUCGCAAGAGUGCAGGCUUGACGGAUGAGAAAGUGAAGGCCUACCUCUCGCUUCACCCGCAGAUGCUGGAUGACUUUGUGUUGGAGAGUGUGAGCGCAGAGACGUUGGACAGAUGGCUGAAGAAGAAGACCAGCAGCAGGCCUGCAGAUGACACAUCAGCUAAAGAAGUCACCAGGCAGUACCAGGACACAAAUGUGCAGGGUGUGGUGUAUGAACUCAACAGCUACAUGGAGCAGCGGCUGGACACAGGAGGAGACAACAAACUUCUGCUCUAUGAGUUGUGCAGCAUCAUCAAAACAGCAACGAAAGCUGAUGGAUUUGCACUUUACUUCUUGGGAGAAUGCAACAAUAGUUUAUGUUUGUUCAAUCCAACGGGGGCCAAGGAUGGCCCUCCAAGCCUCAUCCCCUCUGGCCCCAUCGCAUUUGGGACAACCGUUGCCGCUCAUGUUGCCAAGACUCACAAAACACUGCUGGUAGAGGACAUCAUGGGGGACGAGCGCUUCCCCGACGGCACAGGGCAGGACUCAGGGAUCCACGUUCACUCUGUCCUGUGCCUCCCCAUCAUCACCGCCAUCGGGGACCUCAUUGCCAUUCUGGAACUGCAUCGGCAGUGGGGCAAGGAGCCCUUCAACCUCAGCCACCAGGAGGUUGCAACAGCUAAUCUAGCGUGGGCAUCCGUUGCCAUUCAUCAAGUGCAGGUGUGCAGAGGCCUCGCCAAACAGACGGAGCUUAAUGACUUCCUACUAGAUGUGUCAAAAACAUACUUUGAUAACAUUGUGGCAAUAGAUUCUCUACUUGAACAUAUUAUGAUAUAUGCAAAAAACCUGGUGAAUGCAGACAGGUGUGCGCUCUUCCAGGUAGAUCACAACAACAAAGAACUGUACUCUGACCUGUUCGAUAUUGGAGAAGAGAAAGAAGGCAAACCUGUCUUUAGGAAAACCAAAGAAAUUAGGUUUUCUAUUGAGAAGGGAAUUGCUGGCCAAGUGGCUCAGACAGGGGAGGUCUUAAAUAUCCCAGAUGCCUAUGCAGACCCCCGGUUCAACCGAGAGGUGGACCUGAAAACCGGCUACACCACGCGGAACAUCCUGUGCAUGCCCAUCGUGAGCAGGGGGACCGUUAUAGGUGUGGUGCAGAUGGUGAACAAGCUAAGCGGAAGUGCCUUCACUAAAACAGAUGAGAACAACUUUAAGAUGUUUGCUGUCUUUUGUGCUCUGGCCUUACACUGUGCAAAUAUGUACCACAGGAUUCGGCACUCUGAAUGCAUUUACAGAGUGACGAUGGAAAAGCUGUCUUAUCACAGCAUCUGCACAUCAGAGGAAUGGAAGACCCUCACCCAGCUCAACCUCCCCACACCCAUCUAUAAAGAGAUCGAAAUGUUCCACUUUGACAUUAGUCCCUUUGAGGAGAUCUGGCCAGCUGUGUUUAUCUACAUGGUUCAUAACUCCUGUGGAAAGACCAGCUUCGAGCUGGAGAAGCUGUGUCGGUUCACCAUGUCUGUACGGAAGAACUACCGGCGUGUUCCCUACCACAACUGGAAGCACGCGGUGACGGUGGCACACUGCAUGUUCGCCAUCCUUCAGAAAACCUCCGGGAUGUUCACAGAGCUAGAGAAGAAGGGUCUGCUGAUUGCCUGCCUGUGCCAUGAUCUGGACCAUCGGGGGUACAGCAACUCGUACCUGCAGAAGUUUGACCACCCGCUGGCUGCUCUAUAUUCCAGCUCCACCAUGGAGCAACACCACUUCUCUCAGACUGUCUCCAUCCUACAGCUGGAAGGGCACAAUAUUUUCUCCAACCUGAAUUCCAGCGAGUACGAGCAGGUGCUGGAGAUCAUCCGGAAGGCCAUCAUUGCCACGGACCUGGCCCUGUACUUCAACAACCACCAGCAGCUGUCGGAGCUGGUGACUGCGAGCGCACUGGACCUGAGCAACCACUCACACAGGGACCGUGUGAUUGGUCUACUGAUGACAGCGUGUGACCUGUGUUCUGUUACCAAGCAAUGGCAAAUCACACGCCUCACAGCCAACGACAUCUACGCUGAGUUCUGGGCUGAGGGCGAUGAGAUGAAGAAGAUUGGGUUGCAGCCCAUCCCCAUGAUGGACAGAGAUAAGAAGGACGAGGUUCCACAAGGCCAAGUGGGAUUCUACAAUGCUGUGGCAGUUCCGUGUUAUACGACGCUAGCAAAGCUUUUCCCUCCAUCUAGUCCUCUUUUAAAUGCCUGCAAGGAAAACCUGGGCCAGUGGGAGAAGAUAUCGCGGGGAGAGGUGCCGGACGUGGUUCCCAAGCGCCCCAGUGACUCUGGACCCGUCAAGGUCGACAACUGACCACCAAAAGGGCCGCCGGCCCACCAAAGGAAUACAAGACUAGACUCCUGCCGCGGACCGGGUGCUUCGUAGAGGGGUAUGGGGGGGGGGGGGCACAUCCUGCAUUAGCAGGAGACGGAUCAGCUAAAGGCGACUUGACUUUGUGAACACACGGUUACCUCACUGGGUGACGAUGGUGUCAACGGCGACGGUUCCGCCGAUCCCAGAGACUGACAGGCGGCCGAUGUGGAGGGACUUCAAACCCGUCGCUCCACAUCCCCUCAGCUUGGGAAUUCAUUUGGUUAGAAUGGACAUGUGCUGUUAUGGUUGUUUCAUCUUUUGGCAGUUUUAUGUUUUAAGAUUUGUUUUUGUUUUUCUUUCUUUUUUUUUUUUUACAUGAGCUGAUUCUUUAACGGUCUUGUAUUUGCAGAGGCCUUACUCUGAACCUUUCACGGGCUAGAAAUAUGUGAACUCUUGUUGUUGGUUCAGGCUUUUCUUGAAAUGGUACUGUUAGCCUUCUGUGGUAGGUUUAUCGUACGCACACUACUUCACCAAGGUAUUUCCAGAGACAGGAGGAAUGUGUAGAGCAGAUGGUUUAACGCCACCUUACCGACGAGGAGGAGGCCGGAAUGUUUUUUUUAUUACUUUUUGAGCAAAUAUCCUUUGCAGUACUUGAAUAAAAACAUACAGCCUGCGUUGAGAAAUCCCUCACAGCGUAAUCUACAAAACCUGAAUGAACUGUGGCAAGAGGAUUUAGAUAAUGUGAGCACAGUCACAAGAGAGUCACAAUGUUUCUCCCUGAAGUGGAGCCCACAGCACUGCCCACGGCCCCUCGUGGCAUUUAGGAACCUGCCGCACAAUGCAUCCACUUUCCUCUGAACCACAGAACCUGAGCCCAGGUGAGCAGAACUAGUGUGAGUGUGUGGGAGAGGGGGGAGAAGAUGCAUGAAUAGCAUCAGUUAUAGUAUAGUUGUGUGCAGGUUUAUAUAUAAGACUAUUGGAUUUUUACUGUCGUCACAUUUUUAUCACAUCUUUAAUAAUUUCACGCAGCAAUCUUCAUCAUUAAUCAUUUCUACAACCAUGAAUAAAACACAAGUAAUAUCCAAGAGUCCUUGCAGAAUAUUUUAAGCUUUGCAGUGGCACAACAAACUUUUUACACGUUAACCACUUUAUUUAAUGACUAGACAGCACCCUGAUUCAUCAAACACAGUUUGCAUACAUUAAACACAUGGUGAAGGGUGGAAGAAAAUGGAGGACUAUACAGUGACAGUGAGGUGGACAUCGGUGUCCUUGCCGGUUCAAAGCCGUAGUGUGAAACAUUUAUGACACUAUUUUGCUGACUAUGUCGGGCACAGCAGCUCGGCGAUAGUCAAGUUAAAGUGCACCAUGUGUCUAUCGCUGGGGUUGCAACUUUAGAAGGAUUGGUUGACUUUCUGCAAGUGUGUAAAAGAUUCCAUGAUCUGUUGACAGAAAUAAAUCCUCCUUUAUGCUUUCUCUUCAGCGCCAUGCGAGGGGGAACAUUUGAACCCUUUCAAAGGAGUUUCCAAGAUCUUCCAAAAGUCAAUUUACUUCAUCUGAAACUGUCAUUCCAGUGGACAUAAAAAUUAGUUUUGCGACUGGUACUGUGGCUCCAAAAUGGUGUGACUGUGCAUCUAGAGAAAGGUUUUGUUAAUGGACAAUCCUCGGUGGUGGUAUGUGGGUAAGUGCGCCAUCAGUUUUCAUGAUGUGCCCUGUCUUACGUUUCAGAAUUACUUCCAGUAAGCUUCAAUCAAGAGCAACAAUUAGCAUGCACCUCUACUGAACUUUAUAUAUAAUUUUGCAGAAAACAUUAAUCGGUGCAUAUGUGUGCAAUCUAGGAAUUAGUUGGUACUGACAGAGAUGUGUGCUCUGAUGGCGCUAAACUGAAUGGCAGUUGUGCACUUUCAGACUGUGUGUGUGUGUGUGUGUGUGUGUGUGUGUGUGUGUGUGUGUGUGUGUGUGUGUGUGAGAGGGAGAGAUUGAAAGAGAGACUUUUGACUGUCUCUUUUCCCACCUGAGAACAUGGAUAAGUCCAUAACACUGCACUGUCCCUUCUAUUUUUCAGCACUAGUUAUAUUUCAUUGUCUGCAUUAUGUUUAGCCUAUUAUCUUUUAUUAUUAUUAUUGAUGAUUAUUAUUGCAAUUAUUACUGAUGUUAUUUUCUUAGAGUUAAAUUUAAAUUAACUUAUAUUUUUUAUACAAAGAAAAAUAAUGUUGGCCUUUUUGUUUUGUACAAAUUAAAAAUCAAGAUAAGCAAAACGGUCCUGACAUGUUACUGUUACCCAGAAUAAUUGCAGAAUGUCUUGUAAAUGUAAGAGCAGUAGCCCAAAUGACUUUUAUUAAAUACCUGGAAAAUAUA